AUGGGGAUUAAAAAGAAACGGCAAAGUAAAAGGUUGACCACAAGGAAGAGGGAAGGCAUGCUGAAGAGGGCAAGGGCCAAUGAGAGGAAGAAAAGAAGAAUGGACAGGAAGAUGCAAGCAAAGGUGGAGAGGAUUCCUCCAUCUGUUCUGAGGACCGAUGAGGAGAACAUGCAGUAUGCUGAGAUAAAGAGAAUGGCGAAGCUCCGGAAAAUGGAGUAUGACGAGGCUCUUCGGAACUCUGAAAAGAAGGAGGCGUAUCUCGAUGGGAUUUUAAGGCUGGUGUCGAAAAGCGAUGUUGUGAUUGAGGUCAUUGAUGCAAGAGACCCGGACUCUAGUAGGAACAGUGAAGCGGAGAAGAUUGUUUCUGAACACGGGAAGAAGCUGAUUAUGGUGCUUAACUACACACAGUACGUUCCCAGGGAGGUGGUUGAUGAGUGGAAGGUGCAUCUGAAAAGGGAUGGAAACGACUGCAUUGAAGUGACAGAAGAAGACAUGAGACAGAUUGGGAAAGAGACGAGAAUAGGAAUAUUUGGAAAUCCGGGGUCUGGAAAGAACUUUGUGCUCCGAGGCAUUUCUAGAAUUCUGGAAGAGAAGCCGAACUCUGUGGUGGUUUCUGUUCCACUAAGCAAGGUGACUCUAUCAAGUAUUCUCCGGGGAUGCCAUGGGCUGAUGGGGAUUGCGUUUAGGGACUACAUUGAGGCAAUUGUUAAAAGAAUUGAUCGAGGUGAGGUCUCUCUUCGGCACGGAAUACCCGAAUUCAGUAAUGCUGAGGAGCUUUUAGAAAGCAUUUGCGAUGUGCAUGGAAUCAGAGAUGAGAGCAGGUCGGUCUGUUACAUGAAGGCCAGCGAAAGGUUCCUAGAGGACUUUCUUCGUCACAAAAUCCUUUUUUGGAGGAGAGUCUAUAGUGAUGAAAAUGACCUGUCAUUUGCCUUUUGCCAGUGA